AUCAGUAUAAGAGAUGAAUUUAGAUUAAAGAAAUUUGGAUUAGAACACAAAAGACCGGAUUUAUUUCUCAAAUCACAGUGGAAAUGUCCAAGAUUUUACUUAGUUUGGAGAAUUUGUUGGUCUAUAUAUCAUACAUGUUGGACCAUAGCAAGUGGUGCAUUGAACUACCAAUGGGCGACAACAGAAUCAAAUCGUAUUAAAUGGUUUGUUUAUUUAACCAAUUGGACAUACCUCAUCCUGACAAUAGAAACCAUCAUUGAACCUGUUAUAUUGAUAUAUGCUAGAGUAAAAAGACCCGAAAUCCUGAAAGGAACUGCUUCUAUGCCCUGGUUUUUAAAGAUAUUAUGGGUCUUAUAUAACAUAUCGACUACUGGGGCGAUCAUGGUAUCAGCUUUAUAUUGGUCUAUGAUAUAUAAAGCAAGUCGAACUUUUAUCUUUUCAGCCAUUAAAGGGACCAACUCAGUUAGUGUGGCUGUACACGGUUUUAAUUCUGUUUAUGUCGUAUCAAAUAUAUUUGUAACUGCUAUGCCAGUCCGGAUAUUUCAUUUCUAUCAACCUGCACUAUUCGGAAUUAUUUACAUUGGUUUUACUUGGAUAUAUUAUGGUGCAAAUGGUACCAAUAUG